AUGAAUAACCAGUAUGAUACCGAUGCCAAUUGUAUGAUCACCAACAGGCGUAUCACUACCCGGCUGACACUCACACUCCGAGCACGUAUUCUGGAUAUGACCAGCCAAAGUAUGAUCGCCAACGGGUAUAUCACUACCCGGGGGACAACCGCACUUCAGGCUCAAGCUUGCAAUCCGGAGGUUAUGAUGGCAACGUCAAUCAUCACCAUGUGCCCAACGAUGGCGGCGGCGAGAUGGGCCCUCCAAGGAGUACUUAUGGAUCGGAAGCUACCUUAG